AUCCUCGCAGCCCCAACCCAAUCAACCAAUCCAUCCCCCGUCCGGCCGCGCCGCGACCCCAAUCCACCACAGAUCGACCCACCACCACGUCUCACCUCACCUCGUCUCGUCUCGUCUCGUCUCGAGGUCGGGGGCGGGGGCUCGCUCCAACUCGAUCCAUGGCCUCGGACCAAACCCUCCCACCCCCACCGCUACUCCCGUCCAACCCCAACCAGAUCCCGCCCCCGACCCCGACCGCACCGCUCCCGCUCCCGCACCACCCGACCCCGUCCCCAUCCCCCGCCUCCGCCGCGCGGAAGCUCCCCAUCAAGCGCCGCUCCCCGCCGCGCCCCUCCUCCUCGCCCUCCUCCUCCGGCGCCGCCUCCUCCGGCGACCCCCUCAAGGCCGCCCACCAGCAGCCGCCCUUCAAGUUCCAGCGCAUCUGGUCCGAGUCGGACGAGCUGCGCUUCCUGCAGGGCCUGCUCGGCUGCGGCGCGCAGGGCCUCGUCUUCCCCCGCGACCUCAACGUCUUCUACGACCGCUUCUCCGAGUCCAUGCCGCAGCCCUACACCCGCUCCCAGCUCUCCGAGAAGCUCCGCCGCCUCCGCAACAAGCACCGCGGCGUCUCCGCCCGCGUCGCCAGGGGCCUCGACCCCGCCCGCCUCGCCCCUCACGACCGCGACGUGCUCCACCUCUGCUCCCGCCUCUGGGACCCCGCCAGCGCCGCCACCUCCCCCUUCGCCGCCACGGGCGCCUCCGCCGGCUCCUCGGGCAACAAGCGCCGCCGCGCCAACCCUGCGCCCCCGCCGCUGCCCGACGUCCCCGCCCCCUCGGGGGACAGCAACUCCCAUGGCUGCUACUGGAUCGGUUCCUCCAUCCCGGGGGCCGCCGCUUCCUUCCCCGACGACAACUGCGGCGGCGGCGAGGAUGUGAUGUAUCUCGAGCAGGAGAACGGCCACCACCUCUAUUUUGAUGAAGAUGCCGCUUUUGUUGCCGACGGCAACCUUAAUGGGAUCACCUUGGACGGGAUUGCGCUGGAGCAGGCUGAGACCAUGGCCGUUCUCACCGACGCCGGUGACAAUGGGGUUGUUGGCAACGACUAUGUAGCUCCCCCAAAUGUUGUGAACAAUGGAGUUAGUAGUGAGAAUGGUAACUGCAAUGUAUUGCUGCCGCGUAGCAGCGAGCAUCGCAUGGCAAGUUCCGUGUUGGAUGUGUUUGAGGAGUGUUUAAGGGAGGCAAAGGCCGAUGGAAUGGGUAGUGGUGGCAGUGCCGAGGAAAGCGAACUCGCCAGGCGGUGGAGGGCGCAGAGGAUUGAUGAGCUUGAUGUGUUGAGCCGAAGGCUCAGGUUGAUCAUUGAGGAUGCUACUGCCGCUGGGCACUAAGUGAGAUGUAUCGGAUGAUCAGGUUGAUCAUUGAGGAUGCUGCUGCCACUGGGCACUAAGUGAGAUGUAUCCGAUGAUGUGCUUCCAUCCUUUGCUGCUAUGUAUAGAAAUCAGCUUAUGCAUGCUAUGUUUUUGUAGUGCAUUGCUCAGCUUGAGCCUUGCUUUAGCCGCUCUAGUUAUAAUUUAUGCCUGUGUAACAUUUCUACGGAUAUUGCUGUUUCGUUUAAUAAUUUAAUCACUCCAUCGUCUUAA